AAGUUCCUUGUCUUUGACUAGAGACCAACGCGCGGAAGGGCGGACGAUAGCAGCACCUACUGCUGUUAUUAGCCUUCACAUCUCAAUGAACUGUUGUCAAAGAAUGCACUGAUCAUGCCCACUGCUUUUGCAGGGCAAAGAUAUUGAUCAGUGUUAGAAUAGUGCAUUUUUUCUUAUGAGAUUAUUUUUCAUAGAUUUUUAUUUGUAGGUAGAUAUUUUUCCACCAUGGUGCUAGGAAAGGUAAAGAGCUUCACCGUAAGCUACGACUGUCUCAAUGACAGCAAUGUCCCCGUUUUCGCAAGCGGGGAUUCCGUCUCAGGUAGGGUUAUCAUCGAAGUCACCGGAGAAAUCCGUGUGAAAUCUCUUAAAAUUCAAGCAAAGGGAUUUGCAAAAGUUCGUUGGACUGAAUCCCGAAAUGCUGGCUCUAACACUGCCUAUACGCAAAAUUACACAGAAGAAGUGGAAUAUCUAAACCAUAGAGACAUCCUAAUCGGACAUGAAAGAGAUGAGGACAACUCAGAAGAAGGACUCACCACUAUCCAUUCAGGAAGACACGAGUAUGCAUUCAGCCUUGAGCUUCCACAGACACCUCUGGCUACCUCGUUGGAAGGGAAGCACGGCAGUGUGCGUUACUGGGUGAAGGCCGAGCUACACAGGCCAUGGUUUCUGCCCAUGAAGACCAAGAAAGAAUUUACAGUGUUUGAACACAUCGACAUAAACACUCCUUUACUCCUGUCACCCCAGGCAGGUACGAAAGACAAGACUUUAUGCUGCUGGUUCUGCACCUCAGGUCCAAUCUCCUUAAGUGCCAAAAUCGAAAGGAAGGGAUAUACCCCAGGAGAGUCCAUUCAGAUCUUUGCCGAGAUCGAGAAUUGUUCCUCUCGCAUGGUCGUGCCAAAGGCAGCCAUUUACCAAACACAGACCUUUAAAGCCAAAGGUAAACUGAAGGAGGUCAAACAGCUGGUGGCCAACCUCCGAGGGGAGUCGCUGUCCUCGGGCAAGACGGAGACGUGGAGUGGCAAAAUGCUAAAGAUCCCCCCCGUCUCUCCCUCCAUCUUGAACUGCAGCAUCAUCCGAGUGGAGUAUUCUCUCAUGGUGUACGUGGACAUCCCCGGAGCCAUGAACCUGUCUCUGAACCUGCCACUGAUCAUCGGCACCAUCCCGCUGCACCCCGUUGGCAGCCGCACCUCCAGUGUCAGCAGCCAGUGCAGCAUGACCAUGAGCUGGCUAGGCAUGACCCUGCCAGAGCGCCCUGAAGCCCCACCAAGCUAUGCCGAGAUCAUGACAGAGGAGCAGAGACGGAGCCUGGAGGUGACCUCAGCCAGGGAUGAGUUGGAGGGAUCACUCUUUGCCUACAUCCAGGAGUUCCGCUUCCAGCCCCCUCCUCUCUACUCUGAGGUUGAUCCCAAUCCUGAUCAAGCCAGCCGGACAGAGGAGAGAAGAUCUGACACCUGUCCAUCACGCUGAAGGAAACUCAGAGCCCCGCCCGGAGAUGUUUCGGGCGUUUCUAGUCGGCUCUGUUUUUGUUUUAUCCCCCCCAGCGACAGCGUUCGCAUGCCGCCGUCGAUGUUGAGAGAAAACAAAACAAAGAAACAAACAUGGAUGAUACCACGGUUGAACGAAGCCCCUCCCACAGAGAGAGUCACAGGAAGUCAGUACAGGAAGACUUCCUGGCAGCCUGCCUGGCUGGGGCACGGCUAGACAAACACACACCUGACCUGUGUAAAAAGAAACCCCUGUAGUGGAGACAGCCUUGGUGGAGUGAUGAUGCCGUGCCAGGGCCCUGUCUGCCUAUAGCUCUUAAUAUCCUGCUUUCUUCUGUAACCAUGGCAUACAGACAUGGCUCUCACACAGAGCAGAACUGUCAUGUCGAAAUCUGAGCAGAAAAAAAAGAAGAAACAGGAAGAAGAGAACAAUAUAAGCACCAAUGUUUGGAGAGCUGAGCAGCAGAGAGACUACCUUCUUCCUGUCUGAAGGGCUGAGCAGCAGAGAGACUGCCCUCCUCCUGUCUGAAGGGCUGAGCAGCAGAGAGACUACCUUCUUCCUGUCUGAAGAGCUCAGCAGCAGAGACUACCCUCCACCUGUCUGAAAAGCUGAGCAGCAGAGAGACUACCCUCCUCCUGUCUAAAAAGCUCAGCAGCAGAGAGACUACCCUCCUCCUGUCUAAAAAGCUCAGCAGCAGAGAGAAUACCCUCCUCCUGUCUGAAGAGUUCAGCAGCAGAGAGACUACCCUCCUCCGGUCUGAAGAGCUCAGCAGCAGAGAGACUACCCUCCUCCUGUCUGAAGAGCUCAGCAGCAGAGAGACUACCCUCCUCCUGUCUGAAGAGCUCAGCAGCAGAGAGACUACCCUCCUCCUGUCUGAAGAGCUGAGCAGCAGAGAGACUACCCUCCUCCUGUCUGAAGAGCUCAGCAGCAGAGAGACUACCCUCCUCCUGUCUGAAGAGCUCAGCAGCAGAGAGACUACACUCCACCUGUCUGAAGAGCUGAGCAGCAGAGAGACUACCCUCCUCCUGUCUGAAGAGCUCAGCAGCAGAGAGACUACUCUCCUGUCUGAGGGAUUUUUGCACAUGUUAUUCUUGGCUUAAGUUGUGUAGUUCCGUUUUGAAGAAGAAAAAAUUAUCCCUAAUGUUUUUUUCAGCCUAGUAACAUGCUGGACGAAAGAGACUGCAGGCUUAACGCCUAGACUCCUUAUCCGCACAACUUCGAACAACGCAGAGAACAUAGAUACUUGGGGGAACGCAAGACUGAAAAGGACAGAAACAAUGCACUGACCUUGUUUAAUCUGUUUUAAGAUGAUCUUUUUUUUGGUCACAUUUCCUUCAUGACGUGUAGACAGGACUUGAAAGCAGCAGCACACUCUCCAUUCAAAAGCUAUUUUUCAAUGUCUCCUCAGUUGGCUUCCUUUUUACUUUACUAGAUUCUGUCUUUUGAUUUAGUUCCCAACUUAGAAUGCCUUCGAUCCAAUCAUAUGUUGCUUUGUGUUUAUGUUGCACUGUGUUCUGGAGUAGAGGAGCACUUGCCACUCAAGUAGAGCAUUAGAUGCAGAGACUUGUCAGUGUGUGUAUGAGUAUGCGUGCGUGUGGAAUGCCCAUCCUCAGUGUCCCCGUCCCUCUACUCACAGCACAGAGCGACGCAGGCUUACAUACUGGCAAAAAAACACUGUAAUAGGUGAUCUUCUCACUUGGCAAAAAAACACUGUAAUAGGUGAUCUUCUCACUUGGCAAAAAACCCCAAGAUGUUUUAAUUGCACUGUUUGAAAUAGUAAAAGGAGGAUUUCUCAUAUUUUAAAAUAGUAUAUUACCAAAACAAGAGAGAAGAGGAAUACACAGAGCAGCAAGGUAGCUACCGAAGACCAACAACAUUCCCUUUUUGUCCAUACUUCACUUGCCGACUUCAUUCACCAACUACUUCAUUUUCCAGACCAGUGAAGACUGAAAUGCUAGAAUUAUAUAUCUAAAAGAGUAAGAGUACAUGGUAUGAUCUGCUUCUAAAAAUGGGGCAGAUGCAAACCCAGCCUGGCAAACUGCUGGGGAAUAAUGGAGGCUGGUGGGAGGAGCUAUAGGAGGAUGGGCUCGUUGUAAUGGCUGGAAUUAAUGGAAGGGUAUCAAACAUAUAGAAACCACAUGUUUGACCCUGUUCCUUUUAUUCCAUUCCAGCCAUUACAAUAAGCCCCUCCUAUAGUUCCUCCCACCAGCCUCCACUAUGUUAGAUGUUGCUAAAGCUCCACUCAAACUGGCCAGAACAAAUAGUGGUAGGUUGACAUGAGUAAUACAUUGGUUUUCAAACUCAUUCAACACCUAGACCAGCUAGACCAGAGCUCUGGCAUCGUCUUAAAUAGGCACUUUUUGAUAAUAAAAACAAACAAACUAGCAUUGAUGAUGGGAGGUCUGUAAAAAGUCUGGUAACACAUAAUAUUUCUGAUGAGAAAUGUAGUCAAGCAGUGUUGUGAUGGACAUGAAUGCAUUAUUUCAUCUUCUAAGAUUAGAGACUUUUUAAAAAAAGUUUACAGUUUUGAAUUAGUUGACACAAGUGUGUAUGUUAUGUUUUUGUGCUCUGUUAAGAUCCAGCUAGCAAAUAUAAGGAUACUGCUUACAGUAACAACAAACUAGGAAUUCAAGUGAUCUUAUCUUAGUGGCCUUGACACAGAUCUGACCUAAUUAUGAUGCUUCAUUAUCGAAUGUCUAAACAAUUUACAACCUUACUCUUUUUUUCUAUUUUCUGUGUCUGUAUGUAUUAGUCAUUUUAAGUUUGUCAAAGGAACAAAAAGGGAAUAAAAAAAUAGUCUGUAAAAGAAAAGAAAUGACGAUCCCUGGAUGAGCCUUUUUGAUUGUGCAUUUGUCUGAAUGUCUUUACUGAUGGCUUGGCUAGAUAAUGUACUAGGGUAUUGAUGGCUUGGCUAGAUAAUGUACUAGGGUAUUGAUGGCUUGGCUAGAUAAUGUACUAGGGUAUUGAUGGCUUGGCUAGAUAAUGUACUAGGGUAUUGAUGGCUUGGCUAGAUAAUGUACUAGGGUAUUGAUGGCUUGGCUAGAUAAUGUACUAGGGUAUUGAUGGCUUGGCUAGAUAAUGUACUAGGGUAUUGAUGGCUUGGCUAGAUAAUGUACUAGGGUAUUGAUGGCUUGGCUAGAUAAUGUACUAGGGUAUUGAUGGCUUGGCUAGAUAAUGUACUAGGGUAUUGAUGGCUUGGCUAGAUAAUGUACUAGGGUAUUGAUGGCUUGGCUAGAUAAUGUACUAGGGUAUUGAUGGCUUGGCUAGAUAAUGUACUAGGGUAUUGAUUGUUUGUUUUCCAGUCAGACAACCACAUUUAGUUAAGUUCUACUCACCUCUCAGCUUCAUGGAACAGCUGUGGAUCAGCAACCUUCCCUCCCCCACUGAGAAUGAAUCAGCUAACAAGUGGAAUAGAUCGAUAUUCUAAAAUAAAAUCCCUCUCACUUAUUUUUGUGUUUUUUUUUGUUGUUGCUUUGAUUUUUAUCUUAGGGAAUCUGUAUCAAGUUAAAAGAAAAAUGAAUAAGCUUAAAUCAGUUUCAGGUUGGUCGAUUCUAUAGUCCGUUGUUUGGUGUAGUCCAGUGUUAAGUGAGGAAUCAAAAUGCUAAGAAUGGGAAAGUGGAUCUAAAAUGUUUUAAAAACAAAGUGCAAUAUUACUCAUUUGAAUGUGUUUUAUUCUCUAUUUGUAAAUCUAAUUUCUCCUUUGUCUUUACAGUUUGUUGGGCAUGAUCGUCUAUAGAUAUUGUAUGAAUAUCCUGAAUGAUUGUAACCAUUUUGUCUAGUUAUUCUUUUGAGUUAAAUAAACUUUUGUAAAAAAUCA